CCCAACACCUUGGUGUUACCAAGGAGGACCGAACGCGUUGACGUCAACACCCGAGGCUGCUAGGGGGUUAGCCAGCGAUGGAUCAACAGGGCUUGGCCGACGGGGCAGGUGAAGGUGAAGGUGAGACGGUGGGAUCUCAUGGUCAGCGUGAAGAAGGCGUCGUUGCGCAGCAUCUACUACACGUGGCGAUUCCGGAGGAGACGGCCUUACCUGAGGAACUCCAGCGACGGGCAGAGAGGUGGCUGUCCGAACUGGGGGACACACAACGGCGCAUGCAGCAGAUAGUCGACGUCUUGUCCUCCGUGGAACGGGCCUGGUUGGUGGUGGAUUGGGGGGGAUCCGCCCUGGCUGCAUGGUUGGAGGACAAGGCCGAUCAACUGGAGACUCUUCUUUGGCAAAUCGUGGAGGACCCGUCUCUCGAGGAUUAUGUAGACUGGCGGCGCGCUGAAGACUUGAUUACCAAUUGUAACACGGUCUACAGUCAGGGGAUAGACUAUGACGAUGCGCUGAAAGAAAGAGCGGUGACUACACCAACAACACAGACGACGAUUCCGACGAGAUCAAUGGCGGCAAAUACUUCGCAAAUGGCGUCAUCGACAGCAUCAUCAUCAGCAUCAAUGACAGCAUCAACACUAGCAUCAACAAUGGAGGCAUCUACAACAAUUUCAACGGGAGGGACACUGUUCAUAUUACUGCCAGUGCUUAUGACGAUGACAUCUGCCAGACAGCCUCUCAAAACCUCAACGGCUAUCUCAAUGGGGCAUGCACUCAUAAUGAACACUCCUGCUACACUGCCCCUAACAACAGCAGUAACCAAUUCCAUGCACGACAGUGGUACAAACGCAGGGAGUGUGACUUCGGGUGUGCUUGGCAACAACAACAACAACAACAACAACAACAACAACAACAACUACAACAACAACAACAACAACAACCUCGACGACAAUAACGACAACAACAAUCGGGAG